UGAAUAAUGAUAAUUUUUAUUGGAAUAUUUGGCAAGGAUUAAUUGAAUAUGCAAAAAAACUGGAUAUAUAUGAUGAACAGUUAGAUAGAAGGCUUGCGAUUAAACCGAUUUUAUAUGAAUCUCCCAUAAGUACUAUGGGUUUUGAUAGAGGAUAUAAAACUAAUCAGAAUUAUCAUAUUGGUGAAUUAGAUAAUAUGGCUCAAAAUAUUAAAGUUGAGAGCAAAUCUAAUGACUUAACUCAAGUUAACCGUAGUUUAAUUAACGAGUAUCAAAUAGAUAAUUCACAUACUUCAUCUCGAGAUACUAACACCCAAGAAGAUGUAGAAAUGACAAAUGUUGAAGACUAUCACAAUAUACAUGGGUAUUCAAAUCCUAAUGAGAUCAACGUUAAAACUGCCUACCAAGAUAUUAUUGUGUCUGAGGACAUAAAGACUUUAAUAGAAUUGAAAGAUACUUGGGCAAAAAAUAACCAUGAAAAGUUCC